GGGCUGUCCUGGGUGAGAGGGGAGUGUUGCGUGCCCCCCCCCCCCCAGAACUGCUGAAAGCCACCAGGAUCCCAUUGAACACCAUUAGGAUCCUACUGGACACCAUCUGGAGCAACACCCCAGGAUCCAGACAGACACCCCCGCAUACCACCACUGGAACACCCCUCCCCCCAAGAAACCAUGGAGACUGUGACCCCCCAGGAGCCCUCAGGUACCACCUGUCCCCCCCCGACCCGCUGGGGCAUCUGUUCAGCUGGCAAAAUCAGCCACGACUUCCUGGUGGCCCUGCGCACACUGCCCGCCGAGGAGCACCUGGCUGUGGCUGUAGCAGCACGAGAGUUGUCCCGUGCCCAGCAGUAUGCACAGCUGCACGGGGUGGCACGUGCCUAUGGGAGCUACGAGGAGCUGGCGAGAGACCCCGAAGUGGACGUGGUGUACGUGGGCACGGUGAACCCGCAGCACCUGCCAGACACCCUCCUCUUCCUGCGGGCACGCAAGGCUGUGCUGGUGGAGAAGCCAAUGGGCAUCAGUGCCCGCGAGGCCAAGGAGAUGGCAGCAGCUGCACGGGAGGCGGGCGUCUUCCUGAUGGAGGGCUUCUGGACCCGCUUCUUCCCAGCCUGGAAGCGGCUGAAGGCACUGGUGGAUGAGGGGGCUUUGGGGGAGUGCCGGGUGCUGCAGGGGGCUCUGGCUUUUCCCCUGAGGUCCGUGGAGCGGGUGCGGGAACCCAGCCUGGCUGGGGGGGCCCUCCUGGACCUGGGGGGCUACGCGCUGCAGAUGGCCAGUGCCUUGUUGGGGAGGGGGUGCCCACCCCUACGGCUACGGGCAGAGGGCUGCCUGCACCCCUCGGGGGUGGAUGAGACGGUGACAGUGACGCUGCAGUACGAAGGGGGAAAGCAGGCAGCAAUGACCGUGUCCAUGGAUGCAAAGAUGCCAGGGGGGGCCGUGCUGGGGGGAACCCGUGGCUGGGUGGAGAUCCCCAGCCACCUGAACUGCCCCACUGAGCUGAUCUGGGAGGGCAAGAGAGAGGUUUUCCCCUUGCCCCCCCCCGCGGAACCCCUGAACUUCCCCAACAGCACAGGGCUGCGUUAUGAGGCCCAGCACGUGCGGGAGUGCUUGCUGAAAGGGCUGACUGAGAGCCCCGUGAUGCCGCUGGCUGAGAGCGAGCUGAUCGCCGAGAUGAUGGAUGAGGCACGGCGCCAGGUGGGGGCUGUAGGGCCGGGGGGCACUGUCCCAUAACAGACCCCCAUCCCCCUGCCUCAGC